CGGAGGGGAGGGCAGAGGGUUGGUGGAGCAAGAGGAAGCUCCGGACGACGACUAAAGAAGGAGGCGGGCGGCCCGGGCCCCAGGCCCCUCCCAGGCUCUGAGUCUCCCCGGCUGCAGGCGGAUGGAUGGGGCUUCUUCAGGCGGUGGUGGCAGCACUGAAGGUGGCGGCAGCGGCAGCGGCUAUGGUGUGGUGGCCCGAUUCUCCCAGUGCCUGGCAGAGUUUCGGACGUGGUUAAGAACCAACUGGUUGAGGUUCAAUGCAGACAAGACGGAUGUGAUGCUGAAAAUGUGCAUCAGAUGUUUAUGUUUAAUUGGUUUACAGACUGUCUGUGGACUCUUUUCCUGUCAAAUUACCAGCCAUCUGUUGAGUCUUCAAGUCCAGAAAUGGAUGAAAUAUUUGACUUCCCAUGAAAGUACAGGAGGUUCAGCAACGUCAGAUGACCAUGAAUUUGAUCCAUCAGCUGACAUGCUGGUUCAUGAUUUUGAUGAUGAACGAACAUUAGAAGAGGAAGAAAUGAUGGAAGGAGAAACAAACUUCAGUUCUGAAAUAGAGGAUCUUGCAAGGGAAGGCGACAUGCCAAUUCAUGAACUUCUCAGCCUUUAUGGUUAUGAUAGUACUAUUCGACUACCUGAAGAUGAGGAGGAGGAGGAGGAAGAGGAAGAAGAAGGUGAAGAUGAUGAAGAUGCUGAUAAUGAUGAUAACAGUGGCUGUAGUGGGGAAAAUAAAGAAGAGCAUAUAAAGGAUUCAUCAGGUCAGGAGGAUGAAACUCAGUCCUCCAAUGAUGAUCCAUCACAAUCUGUUGCUUCUCAGGAUGCCCAGGAAAUAAUCCGCCCACGGCGAUGUAAAUAUUUUGAUACAAAUAGUGAAAUAGAAGAAGAAUCUGAAGAAGAUGAAGAUUAUAUUCCAUCAGAAGACUGGAAAAAGGAAAUUAUGGUGGGCUCCAUGUUUCAAGCAGAGAUUCCAGUUGGCAUUUGUAGAUACAAAGAAAAUGAAAAAGUUUAUGAAAAUGAUGAUCAGCUCCUGUGGGACCCUGAGUACUUACCAGAAGACAAAGUGAUUGUAUUUCUUAAGGAUGCAUCUAGAAGAACAGGUGAUGAGAAAGGUGUAGAAGCAAUUCCUGAAGGAUCUCACAUAAAAGACAAUGAACAGGCAUUAUAUGAAUUAGUUAAAUGCAAUUUUGACACAGAAGAAGCAUUGAGAAGAUUAAGAUUUAAUGUAAAAGCAGCUAGAGAGGAAUUAUCUGUUUGGACAGAGGAAGAGUGUAGAAAUUUUGAACAAGGGCUGAAGGCCUAUGGAAAGGAUUUUCAUUUGAUUCAGGCUAAUAAAGUUCGAACAAGAUCAGUUGGUGAAUGUGUAGCAUUCUAUUACAUGUGGAAAAAAUCUGAACGUUACGAUUUCUUUGCUCAGCAAACACGAUUUGGGAAAAAGAAAUACAAUCUUCAUCCUGGUGUAACGGAUUACAUGGAUCGUCUCCUAGAUGAAAGUGAAAGUGCUGCUUCUAGUCGAGCACCGUCACCACCCCCCACUGCUUCAAACAGUAGUAACAGCCAGUCUGAGAAAGAAGAUGGCACUCUAAGCAGUAGUAAUCAAAAUGGCAUGUCAUCUAAUGGACCAGGUGAAAUACUAAAUAAAGAAGAAGUAAAAGUUGAAGGGUUACAUGUUAAUGGACCAACAGGUGGAAAUAAGAAACCGCUUCAUGCAGACAUGGAUACUAAUGGUUAUGAAACAGAUAAUCUUACCACUGACCCAAAACUUUCCCAUGUGACUGCAAGAAAUGAAAAUGAUUUUGAUGAAAAAAAUGAGAGACCUGCCAAAAGGCGAAGGAUAAACAGCAAUGGAAAAGAAAGUCCUGGUUCUUCUGAAUUUUUCCAAGAAGCAAUCUCACAUGGAAAAUUUGAAGAACUUGAAAACACAGAUGAUUAAAUUUUAGACUUAUUUUACUUUCUUUGGUAAAUUCUGGUGUGACUAAAAUUUUCAGGGUUGAUGGGUUACCUUAAAAAGCUGAUUUCCUUGAAGCAGUUGGUUAAAAUCUGAAAAUUUGAAUUAAGUCCUACACUUUAGUAAAUAAGAUUUCAUAAUUCUGCCUUUUCCAGACUUUUUACUUUAAAACUCUAAGGACCCUUUUAAGGAUAUAACAGAGUUUAUUAAAUUUGAAUAAACUGAAGAUAUAUCUGUACCUUCUUAUUUAUUCUUAAAAUUUCACAAGAUACUUUUUGCUUAGUUUGAUAGUAGAGGGAAAAAACCCAAAGUUCCAAUUUCUGCUUAAUUUUUCUGAGUUCCUUGAAAUGUUUUAUUUUCUAACAAGAUACUUUUCUCUCCAUACAAAUUGGGUAUUAUUAUUAAGGAAACCCUUAUGAAUCCUGAAAGUUAAUGCUAGCAUGAUUUUUUUAUAUAUAGAAGUUAAAAAAUAAACCAAGUCAGGUUUGUAUAUGUAAAAUUGUUGACAUCAAUGAUGUCUUUCCAUUUUCUUAUCUGGGCUUAAGAAAUACAUUCUGUAUUUUUCCAGAUUCUUUGUAGCCUUUGAAAGAUUUUUACAGUAUAUAUGUCUUGACUGAGCUGUCUUUUCUUAAUACAAAAGCUUGUAUAGUUUUCUUAACUUGUACAGUUGGUAAACUUUUAUGAGAGGAAUUGAUAAUUCUGAGUUUGUCAGCUUUCAUUUUAUUUUGCUAAGGUUUUUCUAAUGAAUUUUUAAGUGUUUGUGUAGUAACUAAGUCAUGUUUCUUAACCAGGUGGUUAAAAGUAUUCAUAAAGGAUUGUGAAAAUUCUUUUUUAAAUUUCUUCUUAAGGACAGGUAGUUUGAGAAUUCUGAAAUUAAGCAUACUUAGAUUGCAGUUUGCUUUGCAUUUGCUUAUAAUGUUCAAAAUUAUUUUUCAAGUGAGACAAAAGUUUAAUGUUGGCUUAAGUGCUUAAAUGUAUCAUGCUGACCAGAAUCCCAUUCAGUUAUUUUUAUAUGCAUUAUAAAAUUUCCCAUUUUUACAUUAAAUAAAUGAGAAACGGUCAUGAUUUUUAGAUGCUGGCACACAAAAGGAAUUGGCAGGCAACAAUAUUGAUUUUUGUGAGGAAAAGGCUGAUGGAGAAAAGUUUAGACUUUUCCAGUUACAAUCCAGGUUUUCAGAUUUGAUAGUAUACUUCCAAAAUGAAAAUAACAUACGGAGUAAACACUGCUCCUAUUUGUGUUACUACAAAUAGGAUCAUCCAUUAGCAUAGCCUUGAGGAGUGCCAUUUUAUUUUUAGUGCAAAAUUCUUGUUAAAAAAUGUACUUUUAUACAGCUGAUAGACCAACCUAUAUCCAGAAUUUUGUAAAAUAUAUUAACUCUUCUUGUUUUUAUCACACAGGCAUGCCCCAAAUGCUUCUGCUGAUUCAUUUUCAGCUAUCACUUCAAGAGCCAAUGUCUUUCUACAAUCUUCUGUGGUCUUGUUUUUAAUGGCUCAACUGUCUAAUGCAAUUGAGUAGAGAUUUGCACUGAGAAAUCAUGGUUUAGGCCUUACCCCUAUGAAGUAUUACUAUUAAUAUACAUUCCGACUGCUUCCUUCCACCAAUAUGAACAACUUUUUUCCGCAAACAGUGUUAAAAGCCACUUUGCAACACUUGACUUCAUGUAAUGUACAUUCACUGUUGCAUAUCCAACUAAUUCAAAGUUUGGGUGGAAGUGUUUAGUAGCGUGAAUUUUUUGUUGUUUUCCUUUUGUUUUACCUAAAACAUAAUCUAUCCAGAAUGGCAGCUUCAGCAGAUGGUCACAAUCCAUUUUCAAAAUCAGAUUUUAUAAACCAAAUUCAACAUAUCCUAGCUCUUUGUCAAAGAUGGUCUAUAGAAAUGUUUCAAAUGAAUAAUGAUGCUGUACUUUUUAAGUUUUUACAGUAUUAGACAUGCCAUUUUCACCUUUUUAAAAACAUUUUGUUUGCAGGUUAGUUAAGUUCUUACAAACUAAUAUUACAGGAACAUUAAUGUCUCAGGCAUGUUUGCAAAUGUAGCAUAUGUAUAUGUUAGGAAAUUUUCAUCCUUUUAAAGUAGGUCUAAUGAAAGACAUUCCAUAAUAAUACAUAAUGCUUAGCUUUUCAUAAAUAUUUAAUCGUAUUUUGUGUUUAUACAGGUAUUUUACACAGUAUUUUCUUCUUCAUAAUAACAGCCACUAUAAAUUAAUGUCAUUGCACUACUUAAAAAUUUUUAGUAAUAUCAUGAAUUUAAUUUGCUUAAAAUUAGUAUGUUUCAUAACUCUCAAACUCUGACAAACUGCAUUGGAAAAAGAAAUCUUUGUUUAUAGAGUUACUUAGCAUCCCUCACCCCAUACCCACCCUCAGCAAGCACUAUCAUUUUCAUUUGGAAUGGUAUUGUUUGAUGAUGUGUUUUCAAAUAGAGUUCAGAAUCUGCAACAGAUCAGUUCAAUGCAGAUCUGUUGAGCUUUAAAAUGUAUUUAAAGUAAUAUUUAAAUAGUCAUUUGAAAUUAUGAAUUAGAUGUUUUAAAUUUAUGCAUAGUAAUUUUGCACUGUAAAAUAAUUCCCUUUUCCCAUUCCCUGUCUGCCAUUCUGAAUAUGCUUAUUAAAAUAUUUUUUUAACACA